CGAUGAUGUCAAUUUGGAGCGAGAACAACCCCGGAGCUGCAGUCCGGCCCCGCGGGUGGUUCUGCAGUGCCGCCGCACGAGAGCCACUCGCCUCGCGUCGCUCGCGCCGGUGUAUUCCAGCUGCACACCGGUCUAUCCUUUGGAAAAACGGGGCCCACAGCACGACCUCCCCAGAGUCAAGAGGGGGAUUUAGCAGUAAACAAAUCAACAAGGUUUCGCUGUUGCGCAUGUUGACAAGUCUGGGAUCGUAGUGUCAUGGUGUUUAAGUAGUUGUGCAGGCGCAUUACAAAUCGAUCAUCCUAUCCAGAUUGUAGCAUGACAAAGACUAAGACAACCUGCCAGGCAGCAUUAGAAAGUGCCCCUUAUGAACAAUAUGUGGAGCUGGUGUGCUGGCGCAUGAGAAACUUUUAUAGACAUUCCAGUUUGAUGAUGCAGCUGCAUGACACGUCUGGGGUGUGCUUGGCCUUCUUAUUUUUACUCAGGAUACGGGCAUCGCGGAGGACAGUUCCCC